AAAGGAGAGAGAGAGAGAGAGAGAGAGAGAGAGAGAGAGGGGAACCCUAAUCUCGAUUCUUGGUGGGGGAGGGAGGAGGAGGAGGAGGAAGAAGAUGACGUGAAUGAAACAUGUCCCCCACCGCCUCUCUCUCCUCGCCUCCGUCGCCCUAGCGAUCGCGCUCUUCCACGCCCCUCCCCCGCGGACGAGCUCUCCCCCUCCGAUCCCUUCGCCUCCGCCUCCGAUCGCCGCGAAGAGGUGGGGAUCCGAGUGCUCCUCCGCAGCGAACCCCAACCGCAGCGUCGAGAUCCGCGAUCCGAUCGGGGCCGGGACGAGGGCGAUGUCGAAGGCGCGGGUCUACGCCGACGUGAACGUGCUACGCCCCAAGGAGUACUGGGAUUACGAGUCGCUCACCGUCCAGUGGGGUGAACAGGAUGACUAUGAGGUUGUCCGGAAAGUUGGAAGAGGGAAGUAUAGUGAGGUCUUUGAAGGCAUAAAAGUAUCCAAUAAUGAGCGUUGCAUCAUUAAGAUCCUCAAGCCUGUAAAGAAAAAGAAGAUCAAGAGAGAGAUAAAAAUACUUCAGAACCUCUGUGGGGGUCCAAACAUUGUGAAGUUGCUUGACAUUGUGAGAGAUCACCAUUCAAAAACUCCUAGCUUGAUCUUUGAGUAUGUCAACAACACCGAUUUUAAAGUUCUAUAUCCGACGUUGACAGACUAUGACAUUCGGUACUACAUCUACGAGCUUCUCAAGGCACUGGAUUACUGCCACGCUCAAGGAAUAAUGCACCGAGAUGUCAAGCCUCACAAUGUUAUGAUAGAUCAUGAGCUCCGAAAACUCCGCUUGAUAGAUUGGGGACUUGCUGAAUUCUACCAUCCAGGCAAGGAAUAUAAUGUCCGUGUUGCUUCAAGAUAUUUUAAGGGACCUGAACUUCUUGUUGAUUUGCAAGAUUAUGACUACUCCUUGGACAUGUGGAGCCUUGGAUGCAUGUUUGCUGGCAUGAUAUUUCGAAAAGAACCUUUUUUCUAUGGCCACGACAACCAUGAUCAGCUUGUUAAAAUUGCCAAGGUACUAGGGACAGAUGAGCUAAAUGCUUAUCUAAAUAAAUAUCGGUUGGAGCUUGACCCGCAACUUGAAGCUCUUGUUGGAAGACACAGCAGGAAACCCUGGUCUAAAUUUGUCAAUGCAGACAACCAACAUCUCGUUUCCCCAGAGGCCAUUGAUUUUCUUGAUAAGCUUCUUCGGUAUGAUCACCAGGAUAGGCUUACAGCUCGAGAAGCUAUGGCGCACCCAUAUUUUCUUCAAGUGAGAGCUGCAGAGAAUAGCAGAGCUCGCAUGCAGUAAUUGGCAUUUACUAGCUGGGAUUGGUGUAAUUUAGUAGGCCGUACUUAUUGUUGUCACUUGAUUGGCACCCCUCGAUGUGGGUGGCUCUUGUCCCUACGCCCCGUACAUAGCUGCUGGAACCAUUAUCAGCCGAUUCUAUUGCUUGGUGCAUUUGAUAUCGUUGUGCACCGUUUGUAGUUUCUAUGGGUGAUUCUGCAGUAACUGGAGCUGCUUUGUGGAUUACCUCAACUCACACGUCUUUUAACUUGAGACAUGCCCUCAUAAUUUUCUGUUUGAUGUGUUUUUGGUGUCA